CCCGCAGCGAUGGCAAACCUAAAAAUCGAAACCCUCCCCGAUCCGGGCACUCGGUACAAGCUCGGUGAGCUCAUCGGAAGUGGUGUGUGUGCCAAGGUGUACCGGGCUACCGAUACGCAAGCAGGCAACAAGAAUGUAGCGAUCAAGGUGCAAAAGUUUGAGGGCGAAACGAAGACGGCGAUCCAAGAGGAGUUUCGCAUUUUGCGCGAUCACUCGAAGCAUGCGAAUCUGAUCGACUUUUACGGUGUGUACCGGAAGAAGUGUCCUGCGGGUGAGUGUGACGAGAUAUGGUUCGUGCUGGAGUACUGCGAAUAUGGUCCAGCGGUGGAUGUGGUCCGGAAACUGUUUGUGAACAAUCGUCGCGCUAGUGAGCUGCAGCUGGCGUACAUUUUGCGUGAAGUUUCGCGGGCAUUGGUGUACCUGCACGAGCAUCAUAUCGUUCAUCGGGAUGUGCGAGGAAGCAACAUUCUGCUAACGAAGGAUGGCGAGGUGAAGCUGUGCGAUUAUGGGUUAGCACGCGACACGAAGUCUACGCUCGGGAAGCGAGGCACUUGCAUUGGAUCGCCAUGCUGGAUGGCACCGGAAGUUGUUACCAGCUCAAAGAGUGACAAAGAUGUGUACGACAAUCGAUCGGAUGUGUGGGCUUUGGGCAUAACGGCGAUUGAGCUGGGCGAUGGAAAGCCACCGUUCGCGGACAUGCAUGCAACACGGGCCAUGUUCCAAAUCGUACGUAACCCUCCGCCAACGCUCUAUCGGCAGUCCAAUUGGUCCCAGGAGUAUAAUGACUUCAUUGCCGAAUGUCUCGAGAAGAAUCCGGAUCAUCGACCGUUUAUUAUGGAAAUGAUUGAACAUCCGUUUCUGACCCAAGUGCCCGAUAAUGAUUACCAUCUGAGCCAAGAGUUGAAAAUGCUGGCCGAUUCGGUACUCAACAUUCAGCUACCGAAAAGUAAGGAGGAGGUGGCGGUGGUACGUGGUAUGCUGAAAGCGGCCGAAAGUCGCCCGGAAAAGCUACACGUCGAGGAUCUGGCCGCACUGGAGCAACUGUCCGAGGAAACGAUUCUGGAAGAGGUUUCGCAGCGUUAUAAAAACGGCAACACGUACACUUUUGUGGGUGAUGUGCUGAUUUCCCUUAAUCCUAACGAAACCAUUCCGGAGUAUGUACGUGGGUUCCACUCGAAAUACAUGUUUAAAUCGCGCUCGGACAAUGCACCACACAUCUUUGCGAUCGCCGACAGUGCGUACCAGGACAUGUUGCACCACGAAGAACCACAGCACAUAAUUCUGGCCGGUGAAAGCUACUCGGGAAAAACGACGAACCUAAAGCUGUUGAUGAAGCAUCUUGGGGUGCUGGGCGAAGGAAAUCCGGGUGUGUACGAGCGUAUCGUCAGCGGAUACAAAGCACUGAGCGCUCUCACUAAUGCCGGCACGCCGCUGAAUCCGAACUCGACGCGCAGUAUUGUACAGACACAACUCACUUUUGGCUCCACUGGAAAGCUUUCGGGAGCCAUUUUCUGGGUGUAUCUGCUGGAAAAGCUUCGUAUUUCUUCCACUAACAUGAAUCAAUCUAAUUUCCACAUCUUCUACUACUUCUACGACACAAUGGAUGUCGAGGAGCGGUUGCUAGACUUUUCGUUGGAGGGUGGCCGCAACUAUCGCUAUCUGCGCAUAUCCGAAGCAAUGAGUUCGGAUAAGCUAAAGUAUUGUCGCGAUGACAUCUCCGGCAACGUGAGAGCCUUCAAGGAGUUUGAGGAGCAACUGCUAGCGCUGGAACUAUCGCAGGACAUUCUCGAAACGAUCUACCGGACGCUGGCAGCAAUCUUGUUGCUGGGUGAGGUACGCUUCAAGGAAACGGAAGGGUUGACCGAGCUGGAGAGCUUUGAAGUGAUCAGCAAGAUCGCGACUCUGCUGCAGUUGGACGAGAAAAAGUUCCAGUGGGCUUUGCUGAACUAUUGCGUUAUAGUGCGUGGAUCGGCGGAACGUCGCCGACAUACGGCUGAUGAGGCACGGGAUGCACGAGACGUUUUGGCCGCCACCAUCUACUCCCGGCUGGUGGACUGGAUAACGAACACCAUCAAUCAGAAGCUUUCGUUCGGUAGAGCCAUCUAUGGAGAUAAACACUCCGUUACGAUCACAGAUCAUUUUGGCUUUGAGUGCUUCCAUCGGAACCACAUUGAUCAGCUUGUCGUGAACUCGCUCAACGAGCAGAUGCAGUAUUUGUACAAUCAGCGAAUAUUUGUUUUUGAAAUGAUUGAAAUGGAAGAGGAACAAGUUCCGGUAACGUCUCUGCACUACUACGACAACAAGAUGGCCGUUGAUCACAUUCUCACCAAACCUAAGGGUGUGUUCAGCUUCAUCGAUGACGCUAGCCGUGGACGCCACGGACAGAACUACAUCAUCGAUUCGAUUCAAUCGAACAAAAGUCCCUUCAUAAAGCGUGCCAGUGGGCACGAGUUUACGGUGGCACACUACACCGGGCGCAUCACGUACGAUGCACGCGGUAUGCCCGAUAAAAACCGCGACUUUAUACCGCCGGAAAUGGUCGAAACGUUACGCGCUUCCGGUGAAGCGAUCAUCAAGAUCAUGUUCUCCAAUCAGCUAUCGCGCACCGGCAAUCUUACGAUGGCAGCCGAAGAGGCUCUGGGCGUACAGUCGGACAAACCGACCAAAAAGAAGCGUUGGGGAGCGGCCCUUGUAGCCGAGAAGAACAAGGCGAAAAAAAUGAACACACUCUCCAAGGGCAUGUACUCGCAGGUCCACAAAAUGCGCACCAUAGCGGGCGUAUUUCGGGCGACCAGCCUCGAGCUGUUCAAAACACUUUCGAUCGGCCCGAACAGUGGCGGUACGCAUUUCGUUCGCUGCAUACGGGCUGACCUUGAGUACAAACCGAAAGGCUACUCGCCGGAAAUGGUACGCCAGCAGCUGCGUGCUAUGGCCGUACUUGAUACGGCUCGCGCUAGACAGAAGGGUUUCUCGCAUCGGAUCCCGUUCCAGGAGUUUCUGCGGCGGUACCAGUUCCUCGCGUUUGAUUUCGAUGAGAACGUGGAAAUGACGCGCGAUAACUGUCGUUUGCUGUUGAUCCGUUUGAAGCUGGAAGGAUGGGUGAUUGGAAAGACGAAGGUGUUCCUCAAGUACUAUAACGUGGAAUACUUACAGCGGUUGUAUGAGACGCAGGUCAAAAAGAUUGUCAAAAUUCAAGCGAUGAUGCGUGCAUUCCUAGCGAAGCGUACCGUUGCAACCAAGUUGAAGCAGAUCCAUCGUGAAUCAAUUCGCAAACGCCAAACAGGUAGCCAGGACAACCAGGAUGAAGCGGCUCUUAAAAUUCAGUCCGCAUUUCGAGGCCACAUGGCUCGCAAGAAGUACCGUCCGUUGAUAAACGAACGGACGGGAAAGCUGGACGCCGAAACGGCCGAAUUUAUGAAACCGUUCGUCUAUCGUUGGAGAAAGAAGUCGAUGUAUCAGAUACUACUGCAAUACCGUGCGGCGCGCUACCAAGAUUUGGUGAACUUGUCCCAACAGGUUCACAUUUACAAUCAACGACUCGUUGCUGGGUUUGCUACCAACAGCAACUGCAUCAUGCUGGACAAGAUCGAUCCGAACCAGCGUAAUCCAGCUCUGCUCGGUGCCCAGCGGCCACCGGUAUGGAAAUUACGCUUCCUGUUUGACGACAUUCCCUUCUUCGAUACGACGUACAUGUGUGACCCAUCGUCGGCAUCGUACAUCUACACCGGUAACGAUUCCGACACCGAGGACUGGGAUGCACCGUUACGGCGUAGGAAAAAUCUUUCCUCCGAAAUUACCCGUUCCGCGCAGAAAGGUAUACGGGCGGACGGACCCGGUGAAGUCGGUGAGCAUACGCUCGCCAACGAACCGUUCCAUCGGGAUCCAAGCUUACCAAUAAAACGCCUUUCUCCGCAUCGUGUGGUGGAACCGUACGCUAUCAAUCGUCCACGGUCGCCGAUUCAACCUUCGGUUCAGAUGUCCUCGGUUUACUCACCCAUCCCGUACGCUCGGCAGAGUGUGGAUGAUAUUCGUAACAAGUUCAGUGGCACUAGCUUUGAUGAAACGGGUUCCAUAACCAGUAAGACGGCCGUAUACAAGAAGCGACAGGCACCGCGAGUUCCGGUGCCCGAACCGGAAGUACCAAUGGCGGCCGAGUUUCCACAGAAGGGUAUCAAGAAGCGGCCUGCCCCACAGCCGCAGAUUCGACCGAUUACACCAACGAAGAUCAAUCCGAUCAAGGAGAUGGAACUGAUUGGCAAGAAAAAUGCCGACGAGAAUGACAACUCGGACGACGAACCGCCGUUCAACUUCCAGGGAUUGUUGCGUAAAACCAACUACAACCGUGCCUCCAUGAAGCGCAACUCGGAAGGACUUUCACUCACCACCACCAGCAUCGACUUUGAUGACGCGAACAAUAACAACAACGGUAACAGCUACUACCCCACUGCCAAUGUGGAUGCCAAGCGCCGGGACUCGUCCUCCACCAACGUGGUCUAUCAGAGCAAAGCGACCGAACGCCCCAAAUCCUGCCAGGGUACGGAGAAUGGCAACAGUAGCCACAGUACCUCACCCAACCAGCGCAAGCUAUCCCUCACGCAGGACACGUUCAUGAUGAACGAGCAGAAGGCAGGACCGUCGCGAAGUCGCUCGACUACACCGCACGACGAGAAUCAAAACAGCCUGACCGGUGGCUUUAUCACCGAAGAAAUCGUUCCGGGCAUCAUCGUGGAAGGAUACGUGGAAGAGUUCUAAAUCCCGUCGGUGGGAUCUAUAUAGCUAGGUGUUCCGAAACCGGCACACCAUUAUUCGCAAUUGUU